UAUUAUUUUUUUUCUCCAUCUCAAUUUCCUCCUCUCUAUUCUUUCUUUUAUUCCAUCCUUUUCCUUAUUCCCACUCUCUAUCCCCCCACCCCCCAACAAGUAUAAGUUUGUAGAACACUAAAACAAAUAUUAUCUCUCGAUCUUAUUCUCUUUGCUUGGGGAUGAGAUGGGGAGCAAAGGCGGCGAUCAUGGCCUACAGCAGGAGUUAUUCCGAUGCAAGAUUUGCUUAUUCCGCUCUCAGCACAAAUACUGCAGUGAUCUUUACCCGAAGGCUGAGGCGUAUCGCGCGUGCAAUUGGUGUCUAAGGGAGGAAGGAGCGAAGCACCUUCAUUAUAAAGAAGAGAACACUACAAUCGAAAACCACAACAGUAACAACAACAAUAACUCGACAUCUUCUUCCUCUAAUACCAUCACUACUAGUAACACUAAUGGGUUAAAGCUCCAUCGCGGGUCGUUCGCUUCGCACCUAAACAAGCCGAUAAAGAAGCAAAGACUACUAUUGAAUCGAUCGGCAUCGGACGUGACCGAGCGGCUACGAACACCGGAGGAGGUGUCACCGAGCUCAUUAGGGAAGGGGAGGCAAGCAUUUAGAGGCAAAGUUAGAAGGUAUAAGCUCUUAGAAGAGGUAUCUAGCUAGCUAGUUAGCUAAGUAAUGAUCCUUUUGGUAUGUGAAAAGUAGUACAUACAUCCUUUUUUUUCCCUCUUUUUUUUUUGCAUGUAUAGUGUUGUGUGAUGAAUCUAGAGAGAGUGAUGUGAACGUUUGCUAUUUAUGACUUAAACGAAAAGAGAAGGUUUUGAUGUGGUUUUUUCCC